ACAAAAUCAAACCAAAACUAUAGCACGCUUUCUCUCUCUAAAUCCCUCGAGAUUUUCUCACACACUUCACACUCUUAAACGCUUCGUUUCUCACUCUAUAUGAGUUCACCUUCAACAUUCAUGUCAAAAAAGAACCAUCUCUUUUCUCUCUACUCAAACAAACGGAAAAAAACAACAAGACUCUGCUUCUAAAACAGGUUUUUGGUUGUAAAUUGUAAUGGCUGAAAAUUCCGACAUAAAUGAUUUAAAAGCUGAUUAUGUUUUAUUUGAUCGAGAGAAUGAGGUUUCGGGUUUUGAUUCUUCAACAAUGUCCAAUGUUGAUGUUUCUGAAGCCCUAAUCGGUGAUGUUGGAGGAAGCGACGAUUCAAUGAACCUGCUUUCUGGGACUGAUGUGGUUGGGUUUCACAUGAACUCGGGGUGUGAUGUUAUGGUUAAUGACUGUGAAAAAGAGGGUUUUUGUCGAGAAAUAGUGAGUGGUUUGGAGGAUGGAGGAAUGUUUGAUGGGAAAGUAGAAAAAAUUUCAUGUGGGUUGGUGAAGAAUGAAGAUGAGAAGAGUGUGAUUCAAUGUUCUGGUGGAGGUGAAGAGUUUGAUAAAGAUAUGGUUUUUGGAUUGAAUGAUGGUGUUCAGAUUGAACCUGAAUGUGAGAAUGUGGAGAAGGUUGCAUUGAGUAAUGAGGUUCAAGAAGAUGAGGAUGGGGUUGAAAACAUGGAUGUCGAUGCACAAGAGUCUAUGGAUAUGAAUGUUUCGGUUUCGAGAAAGGCCUUUCUGUGCGAUGUUAUGGUUAAUGGCUGUGAAAAAGAGGGUUUUUGUCAAGAAAAAGUGAAUGGUGUUAAGGAUGGAGGAAUGUUUGGUGUUAGGUGUGAUGGGAAAGUAGAAAAAAUUUCAUAUGGAUUGGUGGAGAAUGAAGAUGAGAAAAGUGUGAUUCAAUGUUCUGGUGGAGGUGAAGAGACUGAUAAAGGUUCGGUUUUUGGAUUAAACGAUGGUGUUCAGAUUGAACAAGAAUGUGAGAAUGUGGAGAAAGUUGCAUUGAGUAAUGAGGUUCAAGAAGCUGAGGAUGGGGUUGAAAACAUGGAUGUCAAUGCACAAGAGUCUUUGGAUAUGAAUGUUUCGAUUUCGAGAAAGGCUUUUCUGUUGGAUUCACAAGUAAAUGUGAUUCAGAAUUAUAUCACGGGUAUUGGUAAUUCCGGUGAAGCCAACUCCGAGGAUAAUCGAUAUGACUGUGGUGGUUUAGAUCUUGUUGUGGAUCUUAAUUCUUAUAAAAACACUCAGGAGGAGAAGGAUAAUGUGCCGAGUGAUUUGGUGUUUUCCGAUGUUAACUAUCAUGUAUCUGAUUUAGUAUGGGGAAAGGUUAGGGGCCAUCCUUGGUGGCCUGGUCAGAUCUAUGAUCCUUCCGUUGCAUCCGAGAUGGCAAAGAGGCAGCGGAAGGAAAAUUGUUACCUGAUAGCAUAUUUUGGCGAUCAAACAUUUGCUUGGAAUGAAGUCUCGAUGAUAAAACCGUUUCAUAAACAUUUCUCCGAAUUUGAGAAGCAGAGCGAUUUGGAAAUUUUCCGCCACGCUGUUGAUUGUGCUGUAGAGGAAGUUUCGAGACGGGUUGAGUUUGGCCUGUGUUGUCCUUGUGUUCCUGAAGAAGUAUUCUCUAAACUGAAAACAGAAGUAACUGCUAAUGCUGAAACCCUUGAUCAAUCAAGCAGAAGAAAUGGUGGGGACGGGUUUAUAGGUGCAACAUCGUUUGAACCGGCGGAAUGUGUCGGUAUUGUUAAAUCAUUAGCUCAGUCACCACUUACUGAGUUUGAUAGACUGGAUUUCGCUAGUGCUCGUGCCCAAGUGUCGGCUUUCAAUCGCUCGAAAGGCUAUUCACAACCGCCUGAAUUUGCAGUACUUGGCCAGUUGUUCGAGAACGAUAUGGAAACUCAACCUGUAAGUGUGGAAGAGCUGUUUGAUCAAGUUAACGAACAAGUUUUAAAAUCCGAUCAAGGCUUUUUGCAGAACUCUGAAUCAACUUCACGGCGUGGAAGGAAACCAAAGGCACCUUACAAUAGUUCUGAUUAUUGGUUCGAAGAUUUCCAAAUUGCUAGUAAUAGUUCAACUUCACAGCGUGGCAGAAAACGGAAGUUAAUAGCUUGCAAUAGUUCUGACUAUUGUUUUGAGAAUUUCCAAAUUGCUGGUGAUAGUUCAACUUCACAGCGUGGCAGAAAACGGAAGUUAAUAGCUUGCAGUAGUUCUGACUAUUGUUUCAAUAAUUCUCAAACUGGAAACCCCACCCAGUUACAGAAUGAUUCCGUAGAUGAUUUGUGGUCUCGACUAUGCUUGGUUGCCAAAGAUCCUACCGGAGAAAGUUGCUACAGCAGUGAGGUGAUACAUUACUUUGCAGAAUUUGGAAAAUUCAGUGGCCGUAACAAUUUUGCUUUCUUUCAAGAGGGAUUGUCUUUAGAACAAGAGCAAGAUGGUGAGACUGGAGUAAUAACAUCUGUAGAACCUGCUGCUACAGCUUCUAUGCCGACACCGAUGGAGCUAUGCAAUGAUUCUUAUUGGACUGAUAGAAUAAUUCAAAGCACUCCUGAAGAGGAGACACUUGUAAAAAAGCAACAUGAAAGAGAGAAACUUUUGGAGGCUUCCGAAAUUAGCCCUGAUUCGAGUUUAAUGCAUCUAGAUAGUGUUGUAAAUCUCGGAUCAGAACCUUCGAACAACGUGGAACAUGAUACUGAUGUUAAUCUCGGAUCAGAUCCCUCCAACAAUGUGGAGCAUGAUGCUACUGAUGUAAAUCUCGGAUCAGAACCAUCCAACAAUGUGGAACACGAUACUACUAAUGUAAACCUCGGAUCAGAACCAUCCAACAAUGUGGAAAAUGAUACUGAUGUAAAUCUCGGAUCAGAACCUUCCAACAAUAUGGAACAUGAUACCGAUGUAAAUCUCGUAUCAGAACCUUCCAACAAUGCGGAACAUGUGAACGAGAGUUCUCCGACUGCUCUUACUCUGAAGUUUACAAAUUUUGAGUCGGUUCCUUCAGCAACCGAUCUGAACCAGAUCUUUGCCAACUAUGGGCCGCUAAUUGAAUCAAAGACUGUGCUGCUAGAGAAAACUAACUGCGCCAGAGUUGUUUUCAAAAGACGCGUUGAUGCAGAAAGUGCUUUUAGCAGUUCUGGAAAGUAUAGCAUCUUUGGACCUUCGUUAAAGAGUUAUCGCCUCAAGAUUUUGCCUCCUACGCCAGAGAAAGUCACAAGAAAGCGAGGCAGGAAAAGCAAAAAAGAAAAAAGUUUGGUGGAUGCAGCAGCAGUUUGAUACCUCGACAUUAGCUGGUGAGUUUAUGUGAAUAUCAUCUACGUUAAUAGUUCUAUUAUUUUGAUCAGAUAUUAAAUCGGCUAGCAGUGUUGAGACAUAGAACUGAGUAACUGUUAUAUAGAAAUCUUUUGGGGAUAGUAUCAGUUCCACUUAAUUAUGAUGAUGGAUGUAUUUUGAGACUUGUAUGAACCAUGUUUGAAGUUAGUAUAUAACUUUGUUUGACAA